GGAUGGCUUGGAGUUUGGGGUAUCGAACGUGUGGACUAGGUUUCUGAUGCAUCUUUAUAUUCUGAGAUGUUACUAUGUUUGAAGUAAAUCCAACUUUUUAAAAUCCUGGUUAGAAGCUACUUUGUCAAUAUUGCGAACUUGCAAAAGUUGAAUCUUCAAAUUUGUCAUCUUCUCUUUCAUAGUUAAAGCUAAAGAAUCUUCAAUAUCAAACCAGCGAUUGAAACGAUAACUAAAUGAAGGAAUUUUAGAAUGUAGUAAAUCUCAUCCGACAAACAAUAAAUCCCACUAUCGGUGAGGGCAAUUCAGGUUGUUUACUUUGCCACCAGAUUGAACCCAUGGGAAAAUUACGUCACAAGUUACUCCAUAUUAUACAAAUUAAAAGUACAAGAAAAGAAGUCAUGUGCACGAUCUUUAUGGAACUACAUACCCACUACACUGCACUGGGUGAUGUUGUACAGCAAGAGAAUGAUUCAAACAAUGGACAUUUUACAGAACUCAUAAAUUUCUUCUAGAAUGUCAGCAAAAUUUUAUACGUUUUUGGUCAGUGUCAAAUCUCUCACCAGAUUUCCUAACAAAUUCCCGUCAACUUCGGACUUUGUCGCAGACAGAAUGUUCUCUCACGCAAAUUUCGUAAUUUAACACGUACAUAUGAAAAUGUUUAUCUAAACCUCUGACUCAUUUUUACUGGUUGUCAAUAUUUUUCCUAGUGGUAUCUGCGUGUACAUUGUAGAUUUAUCUUUGAAGUUCAGAGUUUUUCUCGGAUACAGUUUGUUUGUCCUUAUAGUUUAAGGUUUCAAUAUGGGUUUAUCUGUUCUCCUUUUUUCUUGCAUGUUGAGUUUGCAUGACAAUAUAGAUUGAAGGUUUCGUAAAUUUUGAAACAUUUGUACAUCUGGGGUCACUUUUGACACCGGAAGAAAAACCUUAUGAACCAUUUCUGAUCAUAUAUAUCCAAGGUAUAAAAUAAGAACUUUUUUCUUUCAUCCAUAUUCUUUUCUUCAAUUUUUAUCUUAGGGAUUAUAAAAAUUUAUUCUCGAGCCGAGCGUAUCAAGAAUAGCCGCCUACCUUUGUAACGCCUAGGGGUAAAACUUGCGUACACUCCAUCUCCCCAGACUCCACUUUGUGGGACUAUAUUAGAAUUGAUCACUAGAUGCAAAGAGCAAAUGGGAACAUUUGAGGAGGAGCUUAGGCAAAUGAAACAGGUAGUUCACGAGGGCAAUAUGAAGGUAAGUGAGGGAAUAAAGGAAUUGCAUUCUACUACUCAAGAAGAAUUGUUGAUUAAAGAUAAGAAUAUAGUUUCGUUGAAGUUAACAGAGAAUGAUGAUAAUUUAAGGACAUUGAAAGAGGAAUUGAGUAGUGCAAAAGAGAAUGAGGCUCAUACAAUGUAUUUAUUAUCUAAUUUCAAGAAAAGGGUUCAUGAACUAGAAGCUGAAGUAGCGAAUAGACGAUUAACGGAGUCUAGAAUAUUUGAUUUGUUGGUCUCAGAGACAAGGGAGUUUGAGCUAACUAAGAUUGAAUUUGAAGAAUCCAAAAUUGAGAUAUCUUUACUUCAUGAGGAGAUAAAAUCACUAGUGGCGUCGUUCGAGCAAAAUAGAAGACAUUGUGAUGGUUCUUGCGAUGGGAAGAUUGCUUUGGAGAAGGAACUAGGAUACCUCAGGUUUCAACUUGGAUUGGCGAAGGCGAAUUUGGCUCAGAUCCAAGAAAGAGAGAAGUUUGCUUCAUCAAAGGCUAAGGCACUGAGCGAUGAGAUUCACUUGGUUAGAAAUGAACUUAAAUUAGCAAAUGAUGCAGAAGAAAAGAGCCAAAAGGCCAUGGAUGAUUUAGCAUUAGCAUUUAAAGAAGUUGCUACUGAAGCUUAUAAGGCCAAGGAGAAACUUAAUGCUUCUCAAUUAGAAUUAGAACAAGUAAAAGAAGAGGCAGGACAAUUGAAACAUAUGAUCAGAAACACCGAGGCUGGGUAUCAAAAGCUUUUGGAUGAAGCGAAAAAGGACACUGAACUACAUAAACAAACAGCAGACAGAUUAAGACUCGAGUUUGAUGAGUCACGUUUGGCUGAAAAACAGGCGAGGCUAGUCACUUGUAUAAAGAAAGCUGAAGAAGAAAAAGCGGUAGCUCAGGAUGAGGCUGCUAAACUCGGGGAGUCUCUAAAAGUAGCUGAGCGUAUGACUAGAGCAGCAAGGAAAGAAAUUUACAAAUUGAGGGGCAUAUUGAGGCAGACUAUAAAUGAAGCGAACACAGCAAAAGCUGUUGCUGGCAUAGCUAGAGUUGAAAACAUUCAACUCAAAGAUUCCAAAGCUGAAAAGGAGGAAUCGAUUCGUCUUCUUACUCAAGAGAGUGAACGACUUAGGAUCAAUGAAGUUGCCGUUCAAGAAAAUAUCAAGGCGUUAAAACGGUUGCUCUCUUUGUCAUCACUCAUAAUUGAGGAUAAGAAGCAAGAAGAGGAACAUUAUGUGGAUCCCCGAAUCAAGAAAACUUCCAGCCUAAAUAUUAUUGUGAAUUCGCAACAAGAACAAGAAAAUUUAGGAGCAAAAAUCCAACAUGAGAAUACUGAAAAGGGCUCAAUAUUUCAUAUAAAUGAAUCACAAAAAUCAGAGCUCCACGCACCAAAACACGUAUCUCAUCAUCGGAAAGCAUACUCAUCUUCCUUCUCAGGUGAUGGAGGAACACUAAAAACCGAAGAUUUGUGCAUCAAAACCGAAGAUAAGGAGCAAGAAGAGGAACGAUAUGAGGAUUCCCAAGUCGAGAAAACUUUCAGCCCCAAUCAUAGUGAGCUCAAGCUGCAACAAGAACAAGAAGAUUUGAACGCAAAAAUCCAAGAUGAGGAUCCUGAAAAGGCCAAGGCACUUAAGGGCUCAACAUCUGAUAAUGAAUCACCAAAAUCAGAGGAAGAGCCCCAUACACUAUACCAGGUUCCUCGUCAUCGGGGAGCAUCCUCAUCUUCUUCCUCAGAUGAUGGAGGAACACGAAAAACGGAAGGCUCUGAUAGUUAUGGAAGUCCUAGAAGGAAGAAAAAAACAUUGUUUCGAAGAGUUGGUGAUAUCAUAAGGAGGAAAAGUUUUAACAAGAGGGAACCAUCCACCUGAUAGGCCCUUGUUUUGUAGAUACAACUUGUAAUUGUACAGCUAUUUUCAGCAUUUGGAGUUCUAAUUUUUGUACACGAUGCUUCAUUUAUCAGAGGACACAAGAAACU